AUGGAUGACACCACAAACCAGACACCAAACCCCUGGGGCAAUGCCACCACUCACAACACCACCCUUCCCAACAGCACCUUCGUCUACGAGUCUCCCUUAUCUCCUCUGGUUGAUAAGGUCUUGAACAUCAUCAUUAUCAUCAUCCUCUUCCUUACCAUGAUAUCCCUGGGCUGCACCAUGGAGAUCCCCAAGAUCAAAGCCCACUUCUUAAAGCCGAAAGGUGUGGCCAUCGCCGUAGUGUCCCAGUAUGGCUUCAUGCCUCUAGCUGCAUUCCUGCUGGGCAAAGUGUUCCAGCUGGACUCCAUUGAGGCCCUCACUGUGCUGAUAUGUGGCUGCUGUCCUGGUGGGAGUCUGUCCAACUUUUUUGCCCUGGCUAUGCAAGGUGACAUGAACCUGAGCAUUGUGAUGACUAGCUGCUCCGUCCUGCUGGCACUGGGCAUGAUGCCACUGCUGCUCUACCUGUACAGCCAGGGAAUCCCAAACAUAGAAAGCAUGGUGCCCUAUGCUGGAAUCAUUCUGUCUCUGGUCAUGACCCUGGUGCCCUGUGCCAUUGGCAUUGCCAUAAACCACCGCGUGCCACGCUACUCUCCCAUCAUAAUCAAGGUUGGCAUGAGUAUUUUGCUGAUCGCCGGUGCGGCGUUUGUCCUGUUGGCUGGCAUCUCAAUCGGAGACACCUUACUGAGGAUUUUGUCGCCUCGGCUGCUGAUCACAGCAUCCUUAAUGCCAAUCAGCGGCUUCCUGUUUGGGUACACCAUGUCCACCAUCUUCAGGCUCAAUGGAAAAUGCAAAAGGACUGUCGGUGUGGAAACCGGCUUUCAGAAUGCCCAAAUUUGCUUCACCAUCCUGAAAGUGGCCUUCCCCCUGGAGGUCAUUGGACCCUUGUUCCUGUUCCCGUUCAUCUUCUCCUUGUUCCAGACCGUUGAGUUCUUGGUUUUGGUGAUCAUCUUCCGGUGUUACAAAUGGUUCAAACCACCGGCCAAGGAAAAAGAGGUAUAUCAGACUGUGGACCUGAAAGCAGAGGAAAGCACCAUUGAAGUUCCACAAGAGCAAAGUCACUGGCCCAGUCCCGAUCCACAUACUUGA